UCCGUUAUAACUUUAAAGCACUUUCCAACAUCUCAGUAAUGCUGAAUUAGAAAGUUUAGAAGAGGGCGUGUCCACCGUUUUAUUUCUUAUAAGUUGAUGCCACGGUUAAGUAAAGUAAGUUUUUUAAAGUGGUGUUUUGUUAUAAUAUAAAUAUUGCAGUCGCUUAUUCAACCCUAUGGAGGCCAAGCAACUAUUAAUAAUACUAGUAAGACUGUUGUGGUGGCAUGGCCUCUUAUUUUCCUAUUUUAAGAGAACGAUAUGUUUACCCGAUAUUAAGGUACUUUUUGGAAAAAGAAGGCUCUGAGGUUGCCCUGGUAAUUUUUAGAAGCAGUAACGUUGCAAGUGAACUUGAAAUUGUAUCUUUCACUCCUGAAUUAAGGGGGAUUGUCGCCUUAAUAAACGAUCCCUACUUCGCUGGAGGCACGUUUGGCUGUUCUUUGGCUGUCGCCUUGAAGUCUGGGUUGGAGUUAUUUCAAAGGAGUAAAAAGGGGUCUGAGAAAUACUGUGUUCUUUGCUGUAAUACAAAUCCUUAUAAAACCAAACUCAAUGAAUCUAGUAAGUGGGAUGGCAAAACUUGUUACGAAAUAGCCAGGGAAUAUGGAAAGAUGGGUAUUGCGUUGUCAGUAAUAACAUCAAAGAAACUUCAAGAGCUGAAAAUCGUAUUCAGAGAAGCGGGCAGCGGAUUACCAACUACUGCCUUUGUGGAUGUGGCUACUUCGGAUUCGGAUUUCGCUGUUUUGAGAGGAAUUGAUUUACCAAUUAAAGUAAAAGCUCAAAGAAAAGAGGACCCCCGCAUCGCUCCUGUAGACGCUCAAUGCCAACCAACUAUCGCCCCGGCGGGAGAAGGAGAAGACACUAUGCCACCAGAGAGCGAGCAAGUGCUACCACAACAACAACACUCUCCAGCACAGCGCGAGCCUCUACCCGCGCCCUCCCAACUACUCCGAGGUCAGCGACGGGCAAGUUCCAAGCAGCGACCAAAAACGCCUACUGGCAAGGAAACGCCUGUCCGUCCGCCGCUGUUGCCCUUCUGGACAGGCGUGCUGACCUACCGCGCCUCCUGUAACCUUCACUUCGAAGUGGCCGCUUUCCAUGUGGAUGUCACACCGCAAGCCGAGCCGACUCCCUGCUGGCCCGAACAGCUUCUGAUUAGCGAGUUUUUCCUAAGUCAUUCCAGCGGGAUUGGGGAGAAAAUGGAUCGAAUGGCUUCUCAAAAUACGUACUUCAGAGUAUAUCUGACUAAAAGCGAUGAAACUUCAGUCAACAACUUCAACCUUCUGCUCAACAACUUCUAUACCCGCCAGACGUCGCCCAUUGUUAUCCUUCACGGCGAAGAGCCUCGUUGCCUGCUCCUUACGGUCAAGCCAUUGGCUGCGCAGAACUCGUCAACGCUAAUCUUACUUGCCGUCUAUCCGGCUUUGGAAAUUCAAAGCGAGCUUCACAGCCUUAUAGAAGUUAAUCAGGCACGGGUGAGGCCCCUGCAGUGGCCGGCCGUCCAACCGGGAGACCCCGAGCGGGCCAGCGACGGGAGGUUGGAGGACACCACGCUUCGGGGCCACCUGGGUCUUCCUUAUGAACUUCUUUAUUCGCACAGUGCAGAAACGCCCACCGAUCAUGAAUUUUAGGCACGUUUCUUACUGCAGAUCCUGAUUGAAACAAAAAUAGUAAAACAAGACAUUAUAGGAAACUAAUAGCGGAGUACUUUAAGUCCACUAGAAAGGGUCUCGAUAAUAUUCUUCAGAACAGCACUUUUAUUGCUCUCCGCAAAAACUUUGAGGUGCUCAAACACUUUUUCAAGGUCGAAGUGCAAAUCAUUAUAAAGAGCCAUAACCACGUCCGUUGUC